CGCGUGCCUUCUCACAACCCCUCGUGGCGUCGUCCAUCUCUUCCUCACCGUACUUGAAGCAUUUUGGUGCUGGUGAAUCGGCUGCGUCAAUGUAUGAGCAGCCUGAUAAAGAACCUGUGAAAAAACCUCCAAAAUUUGCGACAGGUGCUGGUCCAUGGCAGAGAAGUAACGGUUCCGAUUCGGAUACGGAGAGAGAUUAUAGUUCUCCUUCAAGAUCUCGUUCGCAUCGUCGGCAUCGGAUUCCGCCUCGUCAUUUUAGCCCGGAAGAUGACCAUCGAAUCGCAGCAUCAUUGGAUGGGUCUCUGGAUCCUGCACCGCCAAUAUCGUACUGGUCUGCGAAGCGCCAUUUUACGUGCGGAAAUCCUACACCUCCACCUCCUUGGUCUACCAAGCCCAUUACCUGGCGACAUACCUCUUCUCAGCCGGGGAAACUGAAAACAGCGAAUGCCGCUUUGGUGGUCUGCCUUAACCUCGAUGUAGAUCCGCCGGAUGUAGUCAGGACUAGCCCUUGCGCAAUGUUGGAGUGUUGGGUUGAUCCGAGGUCGUUGCCAUCGCACAAGGCAUUGGAAGCCAUUGGUGCAAAUUUGAAACACCAAUUCGAAGGACUCAGUUUGAAAAUACAGUACAAGCCCAUCCUUGACCCGUCUUUUGAAGACCUACGAAAAGCAUGCCAACAACUUCGGAAGCAGGCGAAGGAUGACGCAGUUCUUUUUCACUACAAUGGCCACGGUGUUCCGAAACCAACCUCUAGCGGUGAACUUUGGUGUUUCAAUCGCAAUUAUACCCAGUAUAUCCCAGUCUCCUUGCAGGAGGUUCAGAACUGGUUAGGAUCCCCCGGAGUGUACAUUUGGGAUUGUUCGGCGGCAGGGCACCUUCUGAACAAUUUCAAUAUCUUUGCUGCUCGUCGAGACGAGGAGUUGAGGAGGGUACAUGGUCAAAUUCCCGAAGGAAUGCUUCCUUUUUCGCAGUCGUUACAGCUAGCUGCAUGUGCUUCCAAUGAGAUUUUGCCCACUUGCCCCGAUUUACCAGCAGACGUAUUCACUUCGUGUCUUACUUCCCCCAUCGACAUUGCCAUUCGCCACUACAUUAUUACGAAUAGGGAAACUUUAGACUUAAAUCUAAACCUGGACGACGGCGUACACAUUCCAGGCGAUCUCAAAGAUCGACGUACACCGCUCGGAGAGCUGAACUGGAUCUUCACGGCCAUCACAGAUACCAUCGCAUGGACCACUUUUACUCCCGAAAUUUUUGCGAGGCUAUAUCGCAGUGACCUUCUCAUUGCUUCCCUCUUUCGCAAUUUUCUACUUGCGGAACGCAUAAUGAAAGGAUACAACUGCACCCCCCAUACGUCUCCCCCACUUCCAUCCACCAACACCCACCCUCUUUGGGCUACCUGGGAUCUUGCUUUGGAUGCUUGCGUUCGACAAUUGCCUGAUCUCCUCGCGGCCGAUGCGAUCCCCCCCGAUGGUGGGCCGAAGCCCCCUCCAUAUCAAUAUAUACCUAGUCGUUUUUUCACAGAUCAACUUACUGCAUUUGAAGUUUGGAUAUCUCGUGGGGGUUCUGCGCUCACACGACGCGGCCCUUUGUCCCUACCCUCCGGAGAGAGGUCCAGUACACCAGAUUCAGGGAGUGGGAGCGGACACACCAUAGAUUCGUGGGAUAGCGUCAAAGACAAUCACCUGGUACCGCGGAAACCCCCAGAUCAACUUCCUAUCGUCCUUCAAGUGCUCCUCUCUCAACCCCAUCGCCUGCGUGCCCUCAUCUUACUCUCUCAAUUCGUUGAUUUAGGUCCUUGGGCCGUCAAUCUAGUUCUUACCAUCGGCAUCUUUCCGUACAUCUCCAAACUUCUCCAAGCACCCGGACCAGAUCUACGUCCGGUGUUGAUAUUCAUAUGGGCCCGCAUCCUGGCUGUAGAUCCAUCCGUACAAACCGAUUUAUACAACAAUGCUCAAGGGUACAGAUACUUCUCGAAUAUCCUUUCCAUGAAACCAGACCAUGCACAUGUCCUACCAAACUCGUCGGAACACCAAGCGAUGUGUUCUUUUAUUCUCGCGGCGCUUGCGAGAGAUUUCUCGAAAGGACAACAGGCAUGCUGGGACGAGAAUGUGUUUCAGAGCUGUUACGACAGACUGGAAGAACCUGACUUCCUCUUACGACAAUGGACGGCGCUAUGUAUUGGUCAGAUGUGGGAUGGGUUUGACCAAGGCAAGAUGAUUGGAGUAGAACAAGGAACACAGGACAAACUGACUCAUUUGUUGUCUGAUGAUUCGGCAGAGGUACGAUGUGCUGCGUUGUUUGCUUUGGGGACAUUUAUGGGAGCGAGUGGUUCAAGAGAUCUAGAGAAGCGCGGUGGAGGAGGAAGUGGUGCCAUGUAUGACCGAGACGAACGGGUUCACUUCAGAAUGGAAGUCGCUGUUGUGACGGGGGCUACCCUGGUUGUGAAGGAUGAUGCGAGUCCGAUGUGCAGGAAGGAACUUUUAGUGUUGAUCAGUUGCCUAGUAAAGGAGUGGAGAGGAUAUUUCGUUGUGUGCGCAUGGUUAUACUGGGAGGAGGAAGAAAGGCGUCGAAAAGCGUCCACUCGCGGUGUCUCUCAGGAUGAAGAUAGUAUAACUAGCCAGGCGGUGAGGGUGUGGUUGAGCGGAUAUGGUGAUGAUGACAUGCUUCGUGAAGAGAGCCGUGUCUUACUUUCUUCGUUUUACACGAUAUUCGUGGUACUUUUGGAUCUGUCUGCAGACCCUUAUAAUGAAGUCGCAACGAAUGCCCAGAUUAUUAUCGACUACAUCAUGGCUUUACUCCUCGACUCUCCGUUCAAAAACCUGCAAUGCUCUCCGUUCGAUUCUCCCCCUACUGCUCCUAAGAAAUAUCAGGCUCCAUUGGUAAACACGUCUCAUAAUCUGACUCCAAGGUCCAGGAAGUCUUCCCUUCAGCUAUCCCCAUCCGUGGUAUCACUUGCCCCGAAUCUCUCUUCUGCUCCUCCGCUUCGACCAAGUCUUUCUCGGAGCGACACGAUGUCCAGUACCAUCUCCAACAGCGUAUCUAACACGAUCAAACGAACAUCUUCGUUCGCUAACGCUUUAAAAAAUUUGGCUGGAACAAUCGCAUUCCCUUCGAUGGAGGAAUCGUCAACCAGGACUUCGUCACCGGCGCCGUCCUUCCUUCAGCCACUGAUAACGACCACUGACGUUGACAUCUCUCGUCCGCCGUCACCAGUCUUAAGUGUGGCACAGUAUACGUCGCCUUACGCGCAAUCCCCACUCUAUCCUCCCCAUUUUCCUGAACACAAUAACGGAUUUAUCCAUACUACUAAUGGCUCUCCCACACGUACUGAAUCCGAUGACUCGUCUCAAAUGGCACCUGGACGUUUUCAACCCUCUGACGUUAUGGAAGCUUUGAUGGAGGAGGAUAUGGAGCGUCUGCGAGCAAGGCGGAAACGCAAGCGAGGAUCAUCUCACCAGCAGUUCCAUUACUCUUCCCACUAUUACCAGAACCAGGGCUUGAUUCCGAGUCCGAGUAAUAGUACCUUCUCGAUGGAUUCUUCGAAUAGCGUGAUAAUGGGGCUUGGGACAGGACUCGGUAUCCGAGACGUGUUACCUCUCAAAAGUACCUUUUUUGAUUGGUGUUGCGAGUAUUUCACUGAGCCUCAGAUGAGGCAAACGGAAGCUGACGAGCCUGGGAGUAUACAAUAUAACUACCAGGUCUGGAGGCAGCAACGGAAUGAACAAGUGGAUGCGGAGACACGAUCACAAGCUGAUGUCGCUUCAUUCCGUCGUUGGGAUCGACCCGUGGCGACGUUGAUGAGUCUUCCGAACCCUCUAGUAAUGGCCUUCCAUUCCUACGACCAUCAUCUGUUUGUGACAAAUGAGAGCGAUCUUAUAACUGUCUGGGACUGGGAACAUCGGAAAAAACUUCGGACGUUCUGCAAUGGUAAUCCCAAAGGGACAAGUAUCACUUCCCUCGAGAUCAUCAACCAAGACGUCGGUGGGAUAAUCGUCACUGGUUCAGCUGAUGGCGUCGUUCGUCUAUUUAGACACUACGAUCCACUGCUGGAACCAGGUCCUGUCCAGAUGGUCAGUGCCUUCAGAGGAUUGAAUGAGAUGGUCCAAGUCAGACAAGGCGCUGGUUUGGUAAUGGACUGGAAGCAAUCAACAGGCAUUCUUCUCGUCGGAGGAGACUCCCGAGUGAUCAAAAUAUGGGACGCCCAAACUGAAAUCCAAGGGUUGGAUGUGGAGACGAACUCGGACAGUCCAGUAACGUCGAUUGUAUCAGAUCAUGGUCCUUCACAGACGUUUGUGGCUGGGUUCGGUGAUGGUAUCGUGAAGGUAUUUGACAGACGAUUGGAGGAGGACGAAUCUGUUGUCAGAGUUUAUUCCGAUCACUCGUCUUGGAUACAAAACGUCCGUCCUCACCCUACCGUCGGCUUCCAAUUUCUAUCUGCUAGCUUGGAUGGUGAGGUGAAAUUGUGGGAUUUACGCAGUACCGAUGAAGCCAUUCAGACCUGGAAUCUAAUGCCUCCCGGCCAGGGUAUCUCUGCUUUCGACGUGCAUAACAGUGCGGAGGUGUUUGCUGGAACAUCGGCUAUUACACCUUCCAAUUACAGGUCACAACGUAUUUCAGUCCGUUCCCUCGUCAACAGCGAUAGCGAACCCAUCUCCCAACACAUUUCGACUGGAUUAAUUGCGCCACCGGUCCGACUACAUCCAUCAAGUUACAUACCAAGAGUGACCUCCUUUGUCUUCCAUCCCACAGAGAUGCUAUAUGGCGCAGGUGAGCCUGAUGGUACUAUCAGGAUAAUGGGCUGCAAAUUAUAAUCAUAUCUCUUAAAAUCGUACUAAUCAUAUCUAACGCACUUGUAUAUUGGCUUGUACUGGAACGAUGUAAUUAAUCUCUAUCGGAUCUG